AUGUCGAGACAAAGUCGCGCAAGCCAUAACAGUAGACCCGCCUCUUCGCAUCAAUCUGUGAACCAACAAUUAACUACUUCGUAUUCUCCGCCGCCAAAUGCAGAAUCGGUCGCUGGAACUUCAGAUUUAUAUCUAUCACGCUACGAUUAUGGAAGAGUAAGAGAAUCGAGAAAUGUUUUGGGAAAGUACCUUACUUCCAGAGGACGACAGGAAAGAAGAGAAAGAAGAGAAAGAAGAGAAAACAAGGAGUUUGCAAACUCUCUCCAAGAAAGAGAACGAAAUGGUGGGUGGUAUCAAUAUGAUCGGGAACGAGAGGAAGAAAGAAGACCACAGAGACAAAGAUUACAAAAGAAAAACCGAGAGGAAGAAAGGGCACGACAGCGAAACAAUUUGAAACGAAAAGAACGCAUACAGGAGGGAGAAGUAUUGCGCGACAAUUACUGGUAUCGAGAAGGAGAAGGACUAGAAGAGGAAAGUCAACCCUUGCGUUUGUUUAGUGCCUCGGAACGUAGCUUUGAUGUUCAAGGAGAAGAUAACUGGAGAUGGGCAUUAGGAUCUACGUAUCAGUCAGAAAGUAAUCCUGUUGUACCUCUUUGUGAUCGGGUAGGAAGUCGUCCUCCAAUACCGUUACCGGGACACAGGCCUUCUGAGCCUCAGCUUCAUCGACUUGCUCCAUCCUCUCCAUCCUCUCAAUCCUCACAACCAUCUUGGCCUCCCCGAUUUACUCCUCAAUCUACUCAGUCCCCCCCUCUUCCUCAUCGUCGUCGCCGCCCUGCUCCAUCUCGUCGUCGCCGCCCCGCUCUAUCUCCGCCUUAUGACACCAAUACUCUACCUAGAACUAAAAUUGAACACAAUUUACCACCACCAUGA